ACGGACGGAGGGUGGCACUGGCUGCGAACCGAGGAAGGGCAGGACUGGCUGCGAACCGAGGGAGGGCUGGACUGGCUGCGGACAGAGGGAGGGCAGGACUGGCUGCGGACAGAGGGAGGGCGGGACUGGUUGCUGGCCUGGCUGCGGACCGAGGGAGGCUGGGACUGGCUGCAGACUGAGGGAGGGCGUGACUGGCUGAAGACUGUGGGAGGUCGGGACUGGUUGCAGAUUGAGGGAGGGCUGCACUGGCUGCAGACCCAGGGUGGGCGGAACUGGCUGCAGUCUCCGGAUGCGCAAGACUGGCUGCAAACCCAGAGCGGGUGGCACUGGCUGCACACACCCCAUGGCCAAGCAUGGCAGAUGACUUCUGCGGCGUCUUUCUGGGCGACAAUGACAGAUUUCUUGAGCACAUUGGAAGACAUCAGCGAGUACACAGUCAUUCCAGAAUUAUCUUCACAACCAGCUUUUCAAGUCAUCCAUCAGUUUAAAAGCCUGCCGGAUUUCUUGAUAUUUCCGGUGCUCCUGGCUUUACGGCCCCAGGAUCAUUCCACUUCCGCCAUCCCAGAAGAUCCGCCAGACAUGGAGAUCAUCCAUGCCAUGACGGCAUUUGCAACUUUCGCAAAUGAAGCACGGGAACGAAGUCGAUCAGCUUCCGACGCUUCCAACUACGCAUGUCAAAACUGGGCCUUCCAUCUCUCGCGUGCUCCGAAUCCAUGGGACAUCAGGCUCAAACGUGCAUUUAAGUUCUUCUGGGAUUAUCACCUCCUUUCCUGGCUCGAAAGGCAGUGGUGUUUGAAGGGCCUGCGGUCUUGCCUCGUUGUUUUAUCUGAAGGGCAGAAACUUGCAAAGGAAUGUCUCCUCCGAGCUCCAGGGCCAUCUCAGUCACAAGUCUGAAACUCUAUUUUAUGCAACAUUGUCCCACUGUCUUGUUAUCUAUCGCGCAAUGCUAUCCUUC